AUGGAAACGGGCGAAAUUGUCUUAGCGCCACGAAGUACUUGCCAAUCAAAGCCCUUUGUUGAGGAGGAUUUUAUUCUAACAAUGAAAGAUGUGUUGGAUAUCCGGAUACGAGCAAGGCUGGUUGUGUUAAGUUGUUGUCACAGUGGUCGUGGAGAGAUUAAGGCUGAGGGAGUUGUUGGAAUUGCAAGAGCAUUUUUGGGUGCCGGUGCUCGCUCUGUUCUCGUGUCGCUGUGGGCGAUUGAUGACGAGGCUACUCUUGUGUUUAUGAAACAUUUCUAUGAAGAACUGGUUACUGGGAAGCUUGCAAGUGAAGCUCUUAACCAAGCUAUGAAGAGCAUGAAAGAGUCUGAAGAGUUCAGCGAUGUGAAGUACUGGGCACCCUUUGUACUCAUUGGGGAUGACGUCACACUGGAAUUAAAUUGAAGAUAGCAUUUUGGAUAUUGUCAAAUGUAAGUAGGCAAUUAUUAAUUGAUGAUAUAUUUUGAAUUAAGCCACAUCAUAUUUGCACGAAAGGAAGUUAUCAUGCUAAACUAUAAAUUUCUGCCAUUCAGUUUUAGUGCCCUGAGCAGCUGACUGCAACGGCCCUAAUGCCUUUAAAGAUGAUUUGUUCUUAGUCACGUAUUAACAACGUAUGAUUUGCAAUGAGCAGCAAAAUGAUAUCCUGGUUUGCAGGAAGACUUUAACCAAAACUUUUCCAAGGAUAUACAAUGAUAAACAUAAUGACGUGAUGUCAAUGUAUAUCAAAAUGAGUGAAAGGAAUAUUUGGUCAUCGGUGCUGUUGCCACGCAUAGCUUGCAUCGAAAAUGUUAAUUGUUCUCUGCGCUGACUCCUCCGAUUUCUCAUACUUCUACAAAUAUCGGUGUGUUAAACAAGUCUUACUUUAGGAGCGUAUUCAAACCUAAGUUAAAAUGAAAAUUUUCUAUUUACCUUUCAGACACCUCUUACCUUGUUCGUAGAAGAGACAAGAUCCUUGCUGAUGGUUUUUGGCAACGAUUUGAAACCAAGUUCUCCGACGACAGGAAUUUCCUCAGUAUUUUCAGCGAUAUAGCUUGGUUUUAAAAACAAAAUGUCGCAGUUUUCAAACGUCCUAAUUAUCUUGGCACUUAACGACAUUGUCUGUCAGUAGAAAAAAAACUGAACGAGUUGCUGAGUUAGGUCCUUAAGGCGAAAUCUAAGUUUGAAACUUUUGUAUCAAUAACCUUAUUUUAAUUCCUUGAUACAGAGUAUGAAAGACACAACAGUGCAUUGCAGAAUAGUAGGUGAACUAUGGUAGAUUGUGCUUGUGACUUACAAUUGAAUUUUAAAACAUUAAUUCCAGUUUACUGAUUACGAUUGAAGUAGUUGAAGUAUUUCAAAAGACUCAAGAAGUGGUGCGCACUUCCUCAGUUAAAAAAAUUGUGGCGAAGUCUUUUUUUCUUUCUGGAAUGAGUUGACAGAAGUUAAACUUCGAAGAUUUGUUCACACAAUUUAUUUCAAAGGAUCAUGUAC